CCGGGAUGAUGACGGAAUCGAGGGGGCAAGGGUCCAAUCUACUCUUGGGAGGAGCUGUCGGCGAAGUUGCUCCGGAGAGCACUACCAGGUCACCUCCGCGGCUGCCGUCCGACCCAGGGUCGCCAGCGGCUUCGUCACCGCGUCGGAGCAUGGAGGAAAUGUCUGAAUCGGACUCUGGGUCGGCAAGGGGGACGAAGAGGAAGAGGGUCACCGAGCCUAGGGAUGGGGAUUCGGCGGGCUCUGGUUCCGACUCCUCUGGCUCUCCGUUCCGCAGGCCCAAGGCUCCCCUGAUGCCCAUCUGCACGGAGGAGGAUGGCACCGUGCUCUACGGCUUCACCGACGACCAAGACGUCAUGGACAGAUACCAUGAUGAUAUGCAGAAAUACAUCAAGAAAAGGGAUCGUCACAAGCGGAUGUUAACACUUGCACCGUCCAGUGUCACCGAGCGCCGCACCGCCAAGGAGACAGAGUCUGUUCUAAAGUGUGCUGAAUCGGUUCUAAGCCUUUCAGCCUACCUGGAUGGCAAGAUGAUAAACCAGUGCACAGGAAUUGUCGUUGAGGUAGAUGCAUUUAGGAACUCCGCUAUCAUUCUCACCUCAGCAUGGCUUUUCUGCACCAAGAAACCUUUGGAUGAUUGGACAAAAAAGGAGUACCCUACUGAGGCAAAGGUUAAUGUUCAUAUGUUGGAUGACUCAACUUUAGAAUGUCGUUUGAUGUUCUUCAGCAAGCACUAUGAAAUAGCCUUCUUUGAGAUUAGUGGGGAUAUUUCAUUGAAGACUUUGUCAUUGGAACGUAAUGUGGAGUUAGGCCAGGAUGUAUUUCUAUUGGCUAGAGAUACAAAUUUGAAUCUGAUUUGUAAGCGAGACAAGGUGCAACUUGUAGAUCCUUGUGAACAUCAGCAAAAUCACUAUCAAUUCCUCAACGGUCCAAUUCCUCAGGUUAUAGUCAUCUUUUCUCCUCUCCCUCUCCGGCCUCACCUCUUCUCCCUCUGCUACUGCUAGCGAGCGCAAUGGCGGGCGAACCGGAGGAUCUCGAUCUUCGCCACCGCAUCCUUG